AUGCCAGCACCAACUCAGCCACAAAUUUCAACAGUUCUUGCUGAAUUAGGAUGGAAUGAAGCUCAUGCUAUUCCAGUUGCUAAUGAAGCCAAUCAAAAGUUAAUUAUCAGACUUGAAGAAUUACAAAAUGCAUUAUUUCAACGAACUAAUCAGUUGGACAUUGAGCAUUCAAAAGUUGAACAACUGAAAAAUCAUAUGAAAAAUGUACAACAAGAGAUAGAUUAUACUAGUUCUUUAUGUAAUUUACGUGAUAAAGAAAUUCAAGAAGAGAUACAUCAAACAAAAUUAGCUGAAAGAGAAUAUGAACGUUUAAUACAAGAGAAUAAGAAGAUUGAACAAAUUCAACAUGAUGUAAUUGAGAAGAAAAGUUUUUUAGAAACCCUGUUUUAUCAAAAACGCAAAGAGUUGGAGAAUUCCUCCGCCAAUAUUGAUUCGAAUAAAGUUUCAUUAGAAAAUCUUAUGAAAACAAUUGGUGAAUAUGAUGAAGAUAUGAAAAUUGUUGAAAAGUAUAUUAAACAAGAUAAUUCAAAAAUUAAAGAAUUAGAUUUAGAAGUAGAGAAAUUAACAAAUCGUAGAAAUGAAUUAAAAUCCAAGUUGGAUACAGUUUAUACAAAUACACUGAUUCAUCAAGUUGAGCUGGAAUGUCUUAGUAAAGAAGUGAAAAGUGCUUAUGCAAAUCGUGAUGCUUUAAUUAAACAAUGGGAGAAUGUAAUUAAUCAAAUGCGACAACGUGAUGCAGAGUUGGAACAUUUCUCACAGCGGUUAAAUCAAACUAAAAUUCAAGUUUAUGAACAAAAACAAUUAAAUAAAGAAAAGUUGAGUUUUCUACAUUCACAAGAAGAAAAUAAUAAUGAUGUUCAACGUUGUAUAAAUGAACUUGUCAAGAAUAUAGCACAGUGUAAACAAGAUUUAACUGAUACAGAGAUAAAAAGACAAGAUUUUCACAGUGAGCUGGAAGCAUUAAAACGUACUGUAGACAAGGCGGCUAGUGACUUGGAAGAAGCAAGAGCACAAAGUGUACAGAUAAAAAGAGAAAAAGAGAGUAAAACUCAAAACCUUGAAAAGAUUAAAGAUUCAAUUGAAAAUGCACAAACACGUUUAUCUUAUAUAACAGAGAGUAAAUUAACCUCUGAACAAUUUGCUGAUGAAGCAGAUAAACAAUUAUCUCUGCAAGAAGCGAAUCAUAAUGCCUAUUGUAAACAAUUGAAUAAAUUACGUGAUGAAAAGUUUAAAAUUAAUCAAAAAUACGAAGAACUCAAUCAUACAGAGAAACUAUUGAAACAAGCAAUUUCUGGUAGUGAAAUUACAAAGAGGAAUUUAAAUGAAAAAGUUGAAAAAUUAGACGCCCAACUACUUAAACAACAAGAAGUAUUAUAUCGUCAGGAUUUCAAUGUACAAUUGUUGGAAAGACGUAUUAGUAAAAUGAAAGGUGAACAAAGUGUUGAACAACAAGAAAUGAAAAAAGCUAAAAUUGAGGAACUUACAAAAGAAUUAAAUGAACGAAUUAGUACAGUUAAUUUAUUAACAAAUCAACUUGGAAAUUUACGUAGAGAAGUACAUCGAGUGAAACGUGAACAUGAAAUUUUAUUAAAUAAAAAUUUUACCCUUGAAAAUCAACUGAAUACAAAUGAAUUAGAAAUGGAUAUCAUGUAUAAAGAGAAAGAGAAACAUUCAAAUAAUUUACAAAAACUUUUAGUUGAAAAAAAUCUUAAAAAGCUAGAAGUUAAACGAUUAACUAAACUAUUUGAACAAUACUCAGAUAAGAAAUAUGAUUUACAAAAAGCUUAUGAAGAAUUAAAUUCAACAAUUAAACAACGUACAGAACAAAUUAAUUUACAUCAAACAAUGUUAAAUAAACAAAUUAAAAUGAAUGCCAGUGAAAAUAGUCAAUUGAAUAUUGAAAUUCAAGAGCGUAAAUCAAAAGUUGACAAGUUGAUUAAACGUUACGAAAUAAUAACCUCUUUGAUGGCGCCAUCAGACGGUGAAGAAACAAGAAAUCAAACAUACUACUUAAUCAGAGCUGCUCAAGAUAAAGAAUUACUUCAACGUAAAGGUGAUACAUUGGACACUGAAGUGCGUACAUUAGAACAAGAAAUAAUUGCAUUAGAAAAUACUUUAGCACUAAUGAAUGGGUGUAAUACGGUGUAUCGUAUGAGUCAUUCACAGCUACCGGAUAAUGCUGAAGAAAUACAACAACAAACUGAAUUAAAUGAGCAGAUACGCGUAUUAAGUAUUAAAUCACGUUAUGAUAAUGCUCGUUUAAAAGAACUUCAAGAGUUAUAUAGUAAAAUGGAAGAAUCUUCAAUUCAAUUAGAUACUGACAUAGACCUGUAUAAAGAUCAAACAAAACGUUUAGAAAAAGAAGUUGAACAGAAGUUAACAGAGAUUGAAAAACAAAAUACACGUUUAACACGUGCAUUAGAAAGGCUACAAAAAGCUAAACGUCUUGUAAAAGAUAAUCGUGAUGAAAUGGAAGCAGAUAUUCAAACUAGACUUUCUAAAGAGUUAGUAACUUAUGCAAUUAAUGAUUUACUCAAUCGGAUUAAAGGUGAUGUAACAAUUUAUGAACAAGCACAAGCAAUUCUCUCGUCGUCUGGAUUACCAGUAAACACUUUAAUUACUUCAUCACAGUAUCAUCGACGUAUUAGUGGUCAAACUUCAUCAUCAACAAAAUCUUUUACAACUAGUAAUAGAACAACUCCAACACCAGCGGAUUCUACAUUGACAUCACCAGAAAGUACAAAAUAUUCAUCAAGAAUAUGUUCACCAAGGAAUGAUUCAGUUGAUGGUGCAGAUACUGAUGACAACCAUGACUGUGGUCAAAGUAACACUAGUGAGAAUAAAAGUAGUCAGGGUAGCGUAACUGCAGUAAGAUCUGGUAGAAAUUCUUCAGCUAAAGACAUACGAUCGACUAUUGUGAAUUCGAGAAGAAUAUCCAGACCUCUUAGUACUGCUUCGAUUGAUUUAUCACAACAAACUCAAUUGCCGACAUUGUUACAACCUACAACAACAUCAAUGGCAGUAACCGGUCAGCGUCAAUCCAAAACACCCAGUAGUGGUUCAAGCGGUAAAACAUCAAAGUGUAAAUCACCAUCUGGUAAGCAAAUAACAUAA